AUAUGGACAACAACAAAAUCAGUUGUUUUCACGCCUACAAUUGAUAUUAUGCUUCUUAGAGAAGUGAAUGUGAAUGUCCCGUUCAGUGACCCUGUGAAAUGGAAUGCUGUUGCUGAAGCAUUGAAUGCUGCAUUAAAUCCAGAAAAAGCAAUCACGUCCAGGACAGUGCGAGAAAGAACACAAAGGCUAAUGGACAAACACAGAGCGGAUGAACUGCAAUCUGUUAAAAAGUGAUUGCAAUAGCAAUGUGUUACUGUAAAUGCAUUACCAACAUCAGAUGUUCAGUGAAAUUUGGUUCCAAGUCUGGUACUAAUGAGGAAUACGGAGAGCGUGAACUCCUUCUGACUGAGAUAUUGCACCUGGAAAAAGAAGCUGAGAUAAAGAUACAUGAGAACAAGAUAAAGAAUAAAGAUGACGUGAAGACGUUGUCCAAAACCAAGGAUGAUACUGAAGGAGGCGAGUUCAUAAGGAAACGAGCAAUGGAAAGUUUGACACAAAUCAGUGAUGCCUGUACUGUUUCAGAUUAUGAUGUUGAUAACGGUGGUGAACUAAAGCAGCCCAAGAAGAAAAGAAAACGUAAAGAGGACCCGUUGCUAGAAAUGAUGCGCGCAAAGCUUGAUUUGGAGGCAAAACGUGAAGAGAGAUCGGAGCGCGAGCUGCAGGAAAGGGCCAAAGAGAGGCAAGAGAGAAAUGAAUUGAUGAAGAUGUUAAUGGAAUACAAACGCUGAUGGUCAACAAAUAUCAAAAUGCGGGUUUUAAUCAAGUUAAUUUCAAAUCAUCAAUGAAAUUGUUCCGAAUUAGAGACAAAUAUAAAUAAAUAAAUAAACACAUAACUGUUUUUUAUGUCUUUUUCUUCCACUUGAUGUGUAUCAAGUAUCAUUGUUUUAGUAUAUAUGUAGAGACUCUACAGAAUACAGCAAUAUAUUAUCGCUAAUGUACAACUAGGUACGGUUUCUUAGGUAAUUUUCCAAUGUACUUGGUUCAACUUUAAAAAACUGAGAUGUUUCAGAUCCAUAUAAACAUGUAUGACAAUUUGUAAGUAUUGCCCCAACCAUGUAUAAUUUUCCAACUGGUUGUAAUAAUAUUUUGUGGUUCUUUUUGAAAUCUAGAAAGGCGAAGAUACUGACCAUUUUACCAAACACCCACUCAACACACACUCUAACUUUUGAAAUUCGUGCAUUAAAUGUUUGCUCGAGCUGGGUGAGUACAGCACCUUUGAAUGGUCCAAUUAACUGUGGACGUAAGGGAUAAGCAGGGUUCCCAUAUCAAG